CUGCUCGAAAAGGGCGCCAAUGUCAACGCGCAAGGCGGAUUCUAUGGCAAUGCACUCCAGGCGGCGUCAUUCAGAGGACACGAGCAGCUUGUGGAGCUGCUGCUCGAUAGUGGUGCUGAUGUCAACGCGCAUGGACGCUACGGCAACGCACUUCAAGCGGCUUCAUGUAGAGGCCGCGAGUACACUGUAAAGCUUCUGCUCAACAAGGGCGCCAAUGUUAACGCGCAAGGUGGAAUCUACGACAGCGCACUCCAAGCAGCUUCAGAUGGAGGCCACCAGCAGACUGUGAAGCUGCUGCUCGAUAGUGGUGCUGAU